GGGCGUGACGAAGGGUCCUGCGGGGCGCGGUCCCGGCCGCCCCGGUCCCCACUUCGGUGGAGCUCGCAGGCAGUAGAGAGCAGAGAGGUGAAGGAGAAGGAUGAGCGUGUAGCCUCUGGGGACCUCUGCGCAGUAAUGCCAGCAUGAUGGUUGAUACACAGGGGAUAAGGUGCUGCCGUUGGAGGUGGAAGCUGAGGACCCUUCUGCUCCCAUUUGCUUUAUGGAUUAUGUGUGUCCCCUGCUCAGUGUGGGGAUGUAGCAACUGCAGGAUUGUCCUAUCCAAUCCUUCCGGAACCUUUACUUCUCCAUGCUACCCUAACGACUACCCUAACACCCAGUCUUGCUCGUGGACCCUCCGAGCCCCUACCGGCUACAUCAUUCAGAUAACGUUUAAUGACUUCGACAUUGAAGAAGCUCCCAAUUGCAUCUAUGACUCACUAUCCCUUGAUAAUGGAGAGAGCCAGACAAAAUUUUGUGGAGCAACUGCCAAAGGCUUGUCAUUUAACUCAACUGUGAAUGAGAUGCAUGUGUCUUUUUCAAGUGACUUUAGCAUCCAGAAGAAAGGUUUCAACGCCAGCUACAUCAGAGUUGCUGUGUCCUUACGGAAUCAAAAGGUCAUUUUGCCCCAGACAUUAGAUGCUUACCAGGUAUCAGUGGCAAAAAGUGUCUCCAUUCCUGAGCUCAGUGCUUUCACGCUCUGCUUUGAAGCUUCCAAAGUUGGUAGCGAAGAUGAUGACUGGAUAGCUUUCUCCUACUCAGACGAGUCCCUCACACAGCUUCUCAGUUUCGAGAAGGCCAACAAUGGUUACUUCCUCUCCAUUUCUGGCUCGAGAUGCUUGCUGAACAGUGCAUUGCCCUUGAAGGAAAAUGAAGACAUCUUCACAGAAAACUUGGAGCAGCUCUGUCUCGUGUGGAAUAAUACUUGGGGCUCCGUAGGUGUAAAUUUCAAGAAAAGCUAUGAAACAGUUCCAUGUGAUUCCACCAUGAGUGCAGUUAUACCUGGGGAUGGGGCAUUGCUGCUGGGCUCCGACAGAGAUGAAAUUGCCUCUCUAAAGGGCAGCAUCUAUAACUUUCGACUCUGGAAUUUCACAAUGGAUUCGAAGGUCCUCACCAACCUCAGCUGUAGUGUGCCCGGGAAUGUCGUGGACUGGCACAAUGACUUUUGGAGCAUCUCAACCCAGGCUCUCAAAGCCGAGAACAACCUGAGCUGUGGUUCCUACCUGAUCCCUCUGCCCGCAGCUGAGCUGACGAACUGUUCGGAUCUGGGGACUCUCUGUCAAGCUACUGUAAACCCUCCUAGUACUACACCACCCACUGUCACCACUAAUAUCCCUGUUACUAACAGAACCCAUAAACCAAAGAAUGACGGAAUAAUGUAUAGAAUAUCUGUUGUGAUUCACAACGACCUUAAUCACCCGGAAGUAAAAGUACAGAGCAAGGUAGCAGAGUGGCUCAAUUCAACCCUCCAGAACUGGAACUACACUGUUUAUGUGGUUAAUAUAAGUAUUCAUCAAAACACAGGCGAGGACAGGAUUAAAGUCAAGAGAGACACCCUGGAUGAUGACAAAAGGGUGGUGCUGUGGGCUCUUCUAGUCUACAAUGCUACCAAUAAUCCCAACCUGGAUGAAGCAAAGAUCGAAGAGAAGAUUAAAUCCAACAAUGCAUCACUAGAUGAAGGACUGAGGCUCCAUGAAGUCAAUGUGAAUAAGCUGGGUACGUGUAGUGCCGAGGAGGAUCCAGAGGGCUUUAGCUGGCCAGCCAUCUCUUCACGCUCUUCCUUUCAACAACCAUGCCCGAACAAGCCGGGCUCUUACAUAACACGGACAUGCCUUUCUAAUGCCACAUCAACCUUCUGGAGCCCUGUUGACACCUCCAAUUGCUCAAGACAACCAAAUCAAAAGGCCAAGGCUAUUUUAGAUUUAACUGGUGAUGGGCAGAACCUAUCCUCAGCCAAUAUUAGCAACAUUGUAGAGGAGGUCAAAAGGAUAGUGAGCGAAGAAGAAAAUAUUGAUAUAACGCUCGGCUCCACUCUAAUGAAUAUAUUUUCUAAUAUCCUAAGCAGUUCGGAUAGUGAUUUGCUUGAGUCAUCUUCUGAAGCUUUAAAAACAAUUGAUGAGCUAGCCUUCAAAAUAGACCUGAAUAGCACACCACACGUGAAUAUUGCAACACAGAAUUUGGCUCUUGGAGUAUCAUCCCUGAUGCCAGGGACGGAUGCACCUUCAAAUUUUAGCAUUGGUCUUCCAAGCAAUAAUGAAUCCUAUUUCCAGAUGGACUUUGAGAACAGACAAAUAGAUUCGUUGGCAUCUGUGAUUUUACCUCCGAACUUGCUGGAGAAUUUAAGUCAAGAAGAUUCCAUAUUAGUCAGAAGAGCACAGUUUACUUUCUUCAACAAAACUGGACUUUUCCAGGAUGUUGGAUCUCAAAGAAAAAUCCUAGUGAGUUAUGUGAUGGCGUGCAGCAUUGGAAACAUUACUAUCCAGAAUCUGAAAGAUCCAGUUCAAAUCAGAAUCAAACACACCAGAACUCAGGAAGUGUAUCGUCCCAUCUGCGCCUUCUGGGAUCUGAACAAAAAUACAAGUUUUGGAGGCUGGAACACUUCAGGAUGUGUUGCGAGCUCGGAUUCGAAUGCUGGCGAGACCAUCUGCCUGUGUAAUCACUUCACUCACUUCGGAGUCCUGAUGGAUCUCCCAAGAAGUGCCUCACAAAUAGAUGGAAGAAACACAAAGGUCCUCACUUUCAUCACCUACGUUGGGUGUGGACUAUCGGCUAUUUUCUCAGCAGCAACUCUCCUGACAUAUGUUGCUUUUGAGAAACUACGCAGGGAUUAUCCCUCCAAAAUCCUGAUGAACCUGAGUUCAGCCCUGCUCUUCCUGAAUCUCAUCUUCCUCCUGGAUGGCUGGAUCACUUCCUUCGAUGUGGCUGGCCUCUGUACAGCUGUGGCUGCCCUGCUGCACUUCUUCCUCCUGGCCACCUUCACCUGGAUGGGGCUAGAAGCCAUCCACAUGUACAUUGCUCUUGUGAAAGUGUUUAACACUUACAUCCACCGGUAUAUUCUAAAAUUCUGCAUCAUUGGCUGGGGUCUGCCAGCCUUGGUGGUGUCAAUUAUUCUAGCGAGCAGAAAACAAGACGAAGUGUAUGGAAAAGAAAGUUAUGGCAAAGAGCAGGAUGAUGAAUUUUGCUGGAUUCAGGAUCCUGUGGUAUUUUAUGUGAGCUGUGCUGGGUACUUUGGAAUCAUGUUCUUCCUGAACGUUGCCAUGUUCAUUGUGGUCAUGGUACAGAUCUGUGGGAGGAACGGAAAGAGAAGCAACCGGACCCUGAGAGAAGAGGUUUUAAGAAACCUGCGUAGCGUGGUCAGCCUGACCUUCCUGCUGGGCAUGACGUGGGGUUUUGCUUUCUUUGCUUGGGGACCCUUAAAUAUCCCUUUCAUGUACCUCUUCUCCAUCUUCAAUUCUUUACAAGGGUUAUUUAUAUUUAUCUUCCACUGCGCCAUGAAGGAGAAUGUUCAAAAACAGUGGAGGCGCCAUCUGUGCUGUGGCAGGUUUCGGCUAGCAGACAAUUCAGAUUGGAGCAAGACGGCUACCAAUAUCAUCAAGAAGAGCUCCGAUAACCUGGGGAAAUCUUUAUCUUCAAGUUCCAUUGGCUCCAACUCAACAUACCUCACAUCCAAAUCAAAAUCCAGCUCCACCACCUAUUUCAAAAGAAACAGUCACUCAUACAGCAGUUCCAUGGACAAGUCGUUGUCAAAACUGACCCACGCUGGUGGAGAGCAGACGUCAAUCAUCCCUGUCCAUCAGGUUAUUGAUAAGGUCAAAGGUUACUGUAAUGCUCAUUCAGAUAACUUCUAUAAAAAUAUUAUCCUGUCAGAUACAUUCAGCCACAGUACAAAGUUUUAAUGUAUGAGGGGGGAAAGAAUCUGUCUGGAGAAGUGUAAACCUUUACAAGCAGAGAAAGCUGUGCCCAACAGAAGGCAGUGUGCUGUUCCCUAGGUAACUGCGGAGCCUUGAGGACUGGAUCUUGUUAGAGAAGCUCUCGUGGGAUCCAGCAUUCAUCUUUUCAGAAUAUUUUUUCUGUGGACAAGCUUCAGUCAUCACACUUCAGAACUGAAAGCACGCUGAACACCGCAGGGAGACAGGACUUCUUAGCAUGAGUCACUCAAUCAAACUCGUCAGAAUUUGAGGGGAAAGGCAUUAAAAUCAGAAGAUACGAGAGGAAGGAACACGGGAGUGAAUUCUAGUUGCGAUCUCAUCUUCACCAUCUCACCUGGAUGUAAGAUGCUUGGAUGUGGCCUGACUUUCAUGAAGACUAAGUAGAAAACACACUAAUUAAUGUUUGGAGUGAUUUGGGAUGCUCACGGGUUCGGUUCCAAUGCUACUUUCUAUGAAUAUAGCAGCAUCUCUUUUUUUUUUCAGUGAAAUUUUCAACAUAAGUAGAAAAGAUGUUUAAUAUUUGACCCAUAUAAUAUUAAGUGUGAU